GUGAGUGAGCUACUAAAAGAGGUACAACUGAAGGCCAAAAGACAGAGACAGAUAGACGAGGCAGUGACAGCCCUCACACAGAGGAUCAAGUCCCUCAAGAAAAGUGUUGAACAUGAGCUACAGUCACAAAAAUGGCUGAAAAAUGUCCGAGUUCCAAUACAUCAGAACCCCCGAGGGGUGAAGGGGAGGUUCCAGUUUAUCCCCCCCACAGAGGUGAUGACCACGGGAAGCUACGUGAAGGGGACGUGUAUCAAGCCUAACGUUACGGUGGACCUAGUACUGGUCAUCCCAAAGGAAUCCUUUCAAGAAAAAGAUUUUAUGAACCACCGCUAUCUCAGAAAGAGAGCAAUCUAUUUAGCCGUAGUUGCCAAACGGUUACAGGAAAUUCACGGAUUGCAGGAUUUAAAGUACACUUACCACAAUGGAAAUUCACUUAAACCCAGCCUCAUUGUCAAUUAUCAAGGUGAUGAAGGUAAACCUGUCUGUGUCAACAUCUCAGCCGUACCAGAGGAGGGGGUAUUUAAACUGAAUCGCUUCCACAUCACAAAGAAUAAUGUACGUCAUCAGUGGUUCCUGGAGGGUGAAUCCCGAGACGCAGACUCAGGCGAGACAAUUGCCACUCCAAUCUACAACAACACAGUACUACAGGACUUAACAAUGACAGAAAACACAAGCUUCCUGGAGAAAACACUGGGGAAUUCACAGAGUAUUAAAGAUGGAAUAGCUCUCCUUAAAGUCUGGCUGCGGCAGCGGGAACUCUCUAUUGGAUCAGGGGGGUUUACAGGCUUUUUAAUGUCAAUGUUUGUGGCGUAUUUAAUCACUCGACAUAAAGUGAAUCAGUUGAUGAGCAGCUACCAAGUGAUGCGGAAUGUCCUCUUACACCUCACUCAAACAGACUGGACAAAAGAACCAUUGACCCUCUGUUCGACCUUUGACCCUAUUGAUCAGCCUGACCCUUGUUUAUUUUAUGAACACUUUAGUGUGGUGUUUGUGGAUGUUACAGGUUAUGUUAAUCUGAGUUCUGAUGUCAGUAGAGGGCUGUAUGAUAGGGUGAAACAAGAAGCAGACCUCGCCAUUAAGUUCCUGGAGAAUCAUUCCUUGGACAGCUUUACUGCUCUCUUCAUGACACCCGUGGAUUUCCUCAGGAAGUUUGACGUCACUUUUCACAUCCAAAAUAUUUCAAAGAAAGAAGUUGAGAAAUUACAGAAGGAGGACCGAUACGUAGAUUACGGAGGGAACUUUGUCCUGGCCCUGAAGCCAGACAUCCAUUCAUUGUUAUGUCAGGGGCUGGGAAACCGAGUGUCCGUUGUACAGUACAGGCAGUACCAGGUCCCACAGUGGGACAUCACAUGUGAUCCACCAAGCUAUGAGUCGGCCUAUCCAGUUAUGGUUGGUCUGCAGUUAAACCCGGAGUGUGCCUUCAGUGUUCUGGAUAAGGGACCCCCAGCGGAUUCUCCAGAGGCCAAGGACUUCAGGAGUUUUUGGGGAGAGAGGUCAGAGUUACGUCGAUUUAAAGAUGGCAGCGUCUGUGAGGCCGUGCCGUGGACAAAGAAGGCGGUGUUAUCAGAAAAAAGAAGUGUGUGUUGUAGAAUUGUACAGCACAUCUUAGAGAGGCAUACAGGACUGAAGUCCGGUUCAGUGAAAUGUUUUGUGAAUCAGUUGGAUCCUAUGUUACAAUACAAUAUAAACAAGAGCUCAGGUGAUGUGUAUGGAACAGGGGAGGAACAGCAUAAUGACGUUAUACAGAAGUAUGAUGAGCUGUGUAAACUGCUGAGGAACCUCAAAGAUCUGCCGUUAUCUAUAAACUCAAUACAAGGGUCAGCACCGGUGUUUAGGUAUUCUGAGGUAUUUCCACCUUUGCCGGCUAUGUGUGACAAGGCAAAUAAAAUGGAGAAGAACAAACGCGACCUGCCAGAGAAUUACGGCAAGCGAUGUCCUGACUUUGUUAUGUCACUCAAAGUGAUUUGUCUGUUGGAGGGCAGUGGUAAGUGGCCAGAAGAGAAGAAGCCAUUUAACCGACUAAUGGCCGCCUUUCAUAUUCAGCUGGCCGAGUCUCUAAAGGCUCACUACGGGUUGGCUGUAUCUGUGUAUCCACGACACAUUGAUGUUGUCAAGGAUAAUUAUGUAUUCCGCAUUGUUCUGGGCUACACACGUGAGAUAGCUCUGAGUAAGAUGAUUAAGACGCCGGAAGGCAUGGUGAAAUACAAAGAUAACGAGGAAGCUCUGGCUCUAGAGAGGGAAAUACAGAGUCUACCCAGGCUCACAAGUACUCUACACGGUGUUCAGCAGCUCCAUGCAUCGUUUAGUUCCACUGUGAGGCUGGCCAAGCGAUGGGUGUGUUCCCAGCUCCUGACUGAUUUUGUGUCAGAGGAAGCGAUAGAAAUCAUCACCGCCCAUCUGUACCUUCACCCCGCCCCCUACACACCUCCCAGCACCCCCAUGGCUGGUUUCCAGAGAUUCCUUUACCUGGUGGGAUACCACGACUGGAAAUCUAGUCCUUUACUUGUCAACCUGAAUGAUGAAUUUACAGAUGAAGAUCAAAAGGAGAUUCUGUCUCGAUUCCACAAGGAGCGAUCGUCCCGCCCCCUGAUGUUCCUCUCUACCCCGUACGAUAAACAUAAUUCCUAUUGGACGAGGAAGUCGCCCAGCGCCCCCAUACUGCAGAGACUGGUUCUCCUAUCUCGCCAGUCACGGAGCGUGCUCAAUAAACUCAUACAGGAAGCUGGAGAGGAUUCUGACUUCAAGCAACUAUUUCGGCCCUCCUUGGAUAUGUAUGACAUGAUCAUUCACUUGACAUGGAAGCAGUCACCACGGCAACAUGAAGCCUUAGAACCAGAAAAUGGCCAUCUUCCUUUAAACUUCUGGAAGUUUGUCCAGAAAACAACGGAGGCUGACGACAAGCUAGAACAUUUCCCUGUAUACGACUACGAUCCUCCAACAUUGUACUGGCAGGAACUAAAGGAGAUGUACGGAGACUAUGCCCUGUUUUUCUACGACAAAUAUGGAGGGAAGUACAUUGCCGUGUUAUGGAAGCCAGCCGCCUUCACUCCUAAAGAUUUCAAGGUGUCACACCUAGCUGGGAGGAAAGUCCAGACAACACAUGGUGGAGCUAGAGAAAUAACGGUGGUUCCUAAUGUGGAGGCCAUGAUUGAUGACUUUAGAAUUCUGGGAAGAGGCCUCGUGUCAAACAUUCACCUUAAUAACGGAGACUCUUAGUUACGAUCAUUUGGAUAACAUUUAAUAACGUGAACUCCAUUUGAAUUCACUACAUUUGCAUAGAGCCAUUCAUCAAUGUAUUCAAGUUGCGGGUCAUUAAAUUCUUAAACUUC